CUCGGGGCUGCGGGUCAUUCUCCUCAUCGUCUGCGACGGACAGGACCGUGCUUGUUGCCGCCAUGAGCGCAUCGUCUACAGCCACGCCUACGGCGUCGACCACCGAUACGGCAACAGGGACUAUCACCUCACAACUCACGGCCAGCCAAGUGACCAGCACGGGCAACCAGGGCAAUACCGGUAACGGCGGCAACGGCGGCGCGGGCUCGAGCCUAUACCUAUUCACGUUCCUGGCGACGCUAUUCCUACUCCUUUUCGUAUCAUGUGCGAUUGUACUCCGGUCCUUCUUCCUGAGACGCCGCUUCAGAAGGCGUAUCGAGGAGGCGAUCGCCGCUGGUGUGCUGCUCCCGCCCGCCUCCGGCCAUGGCCGACGGCGUGAUUUUGGGGAGAAGCCGAAGAUCUGGGAUGCAUGGGCGGCACCAUCGGGCGAGGAAUGGAGUGACAUUGUGCCUGUAUCUGCGAAGAAGACGUACGCUUCCUCCCACUUAAGUUCUGCCCCUGCACAGGGCAAACUCACUGGGCGAUCCGAGCCGAAUAUCGGGAGUCGCAUGCACGUUAUGUUCGGUCGACGCCUACCCCUCUUUGCGGACCGCAACAACAUGAACGCAUCGCUGACCACCUCACCAUCUUCCGCCUCGACACCCUCCCGCUUCCUCUCUCGCACGAACUCAUCUGCAGACGUUGAUGCUGCUGUUAACGACGCCGAGAACGACGAAGAAUCACUGGCCCAAGGCAUGGAGAAGAAGCGGCUACAGGUAUCCGUGCUCAUCGCGAUGCCGUCGCCCCAUGGAUCGGUGAAGGGCAAGGAGCGGAGUAUCAGCGUUGGUCAUGAUGAUUGGGAUGAGGAGUUUCCUGACGUGCUCAUCGGCACAACCGAGGUUCCUUUCCGCAAAACGACCCCGACAACGCCUUUACCCGUGCCGGUGUCUACGCCAUCGUCUUAGUGAUCGCUGAGAGGAGGUUUUGGUUAAUAUGCUAUGCAGAUGAAGAUGUGCAAAGGACGAUUCGAGUGCGCUAGGCACUGCGAACCCGACAUAGACCCUUGCUUUUGUAUCACUAGUGUACAGUAUAUUGCGUUUAUUAUAAUUUGUGGUUACUCCG